CUCCGACCUGUCUCACACCUCACCGUCGCGCGCCGCCAUGGCCUCGUACACGCAGUUCAAUCCCGCCCGCCUGCGCUCCUACGUGCUGCGUCUGCCGCUGGCCACCCGCCUGUUGCUGCUGGCCAUUGUCGGCCUCUGGAUUGCCGCCAUCCCGCUGCCAUGGCUCAGGGAGUGGGCGCGGCUCGAGCCGGCUAAGAUGGAUCUGACCCAGAUGCACCGUCUCAACCUGUUCCCGUUGAUGCACCUCAACUUCUUCCACAUGAUCUUCAACCUCUUCGCCAUCGCCCCUCUGCUCGAGCGCUUCGAGUCCGAGUUCGGCACCCUCGUCACGCUCGCCCUCUUCACUGGGCCGUUUGGCACCCUCCCCGGCGCCAUGUACACGCUCCUCGAGAAGUUCGUCUUCCGAGCAAACACAAUCGUCAUGGGCGCGAGUGUAUGGGUGUUCCUCCUCCUCUCCGCCGAAGUAAUGAAACAGCACAAGACGUCGCCCACCAUCGCCAUCGGCCCCUACAAGAUCCCCACCUGGACCACGCCCCUCAUCCUGGUCCUCGUGACCAGCAUCCUCGUACCCAACGUCAGUCUCAUCGGGCACCUGUGCGGCGCCGGAAUCGGCUACCUGUGGGCUUCGGGCUACAUCAAGUUCCUCGUGCCCCACGAGAAGAUCUUGAGGUGGGUCGAGACGAAAGCGAAUCUGCUGGGCAGACUGCCGCAUUAUGUGUCGGUGGACCAGAAAACCUAUGGCCGCUACGGCGUCCUGCCUACGACGAGCGUGCCCAUGGGCGGGAUACCGAGGAGUCCGGAGCCGGGUGCGAGGCCGGUCCCGUGAGCACCGUCAGGGACGUGGAUAUAAUCGCUCCAAGUUUCGUUUGAUCAGUUUGCCGUGUGGAGUUACAAAGGUAUAACGUGCGUGCGACUUAAUGCAUAAUGGCGGCGUUCUGGGCAUGGUUUUGGUAAUCAAUGAUGUUGCAUGUUCAUGUAUAGAUAUUGUAGACGUCGAUGAUGAGCGCCACGAACGAGCAUCACCUAAAAAAAAUCAACUCGCUUGAUCCAGUCAGC